CCUUUUUACCUCCUCCUCCUCAGCAAUCCGGGACAACAGCAUCAAUGUAACAGUGUUGCUUCCGUCCCUCUCCUCGCCCUAACCUGGGCUCUAACCAGAGACCUGAACACAUCAACAACUGCCUCCCACAAAGCAUCUUUAUAAUAAAAUAAUCCAUGACAACAGGAAGCAGCAACGGUAUCAUUUUCAACUUGUGUUUUAGUCAUAUAAAUGCUACUUUUUACAUCAUUUUCCAAGAGGAUUCUACUUAAUCAGUGCAUAGCCUUCCAUGAUGUUACUCCACAGGCCCCUACUCAUUUUUUGGUUGUCCCAAGAAAACCAAUUGUGCAACUGUCAAAAGCAGAGGACAGUGAUGCGGCUCUCCUGGGCCACAUGAUGAUAGUGGCCAAGAAGUGUGCCGAGCAGAUUGGCCUGCCCAAGGGCUACAGGCUGAUCUUGAACGACGGGCCCGACGGUGGCCAGUCCGUCUACCACAUCCACAUCCACGUGAUGGGCGGACGCCAGUUGGGCUGGCCCCCCGGCUAACUGUCCACACAGACCGUCUACCGUCCUGACCGCCAUCCGUCAUCUCUUUAUCCCCAGAUAGUCCAAUGCUGUCCCGAUGCAACUUAUUUCACUGUCAGUAUGUCACGUAGACCUACUACUUAUUUCACUGUCAGUCUGUCAUGUAGACCUAAUGUGAUGAUAUAUCAUUGGUAAAUAAAUGCACUUCACAAGCG